AUGUACAAAAAACCAAUGUCGAAAGAUUCACCUCACCGCCAAUUUAUUGUUGAUAUGCUGGAAUUCAUUGUGCCAAUAAAGGGGAUAGACAAACAAAGUGAAGCAGACGUGACAAAUCAGUUGCGAUGUUUGGAAGGUCUCAAGAUGACUUUAAAAGGUAUAUGUCAGUUAUGCACACAUACAUCAGUUAUGUUACCUCAUUAAAGAUUCACUCCAAUUCCUCCUGACAAGACGUCUCAACCAAGAUGCCCUAGAAACCUUUUUGGUGUGAUCAGGCAGUGAAAUUCAUAUUAGUUGACCUGCACAGAAGCGCAUAAGCGAACAUAAAGCCUCAUUAAAUAUCAUUAUCGUGACUCAACCUACACAAAAUUGGUGAUUCUUAUUGAAUGCCAAUUCUCUUGCCAUGUUGGUCAUAUGAUAAUUAUUUGUCUCCAUGAUGUCUUUAAUUUCUAUAGUUUUUUUUGUAAAAUAUAGCGCACAGAAUUGUUUGAAUGCAGUUGUAAGCACGGAAUUAUUUCCAUACAGUUUUAAAUAUGUAAUGUAUAGAUACAUGGUAAAGCAAGGUGAAAUGGAUGACGAGUCAGUGGAAGAGAGCAAUGUUGAAGCCAAAUUGAAUGCCCUGCUGAACACAUUAGGGCAUCUUUUCCACUCAUUUUAUCAGCUAAUUGCUUUGACAGCAACCUGCACCCAGUUCCUUACCCUGACUGCGACCCUACAAUGUCAUAUGUGUUUCUUUGUACACUGCAAGGUGGCAUUUUAAUGUCCUACUUCUUUUAGCUUUCAUGUGCAGUAGUUUACUUGUCGAUGAUUUGAAUAUAUUCACCUUUGAGAAUCCCACAUGCGUAAAUAAUUUAGGAAUUUUUGAUCAUUCAAUUUUCAGUGCUUUGAUCGUUUCUUAUGAUUUACUUCUGUAACUGUAGGACAUAUGUGAAUAUGUGCAGGGAUUUGGCACAAGUUUGGUCUUUUGCUAAAGCCUGGUCCACACUAACAAUUUCAAAUAACAUUUUGUAGCUCUAAUGAAUCUACGUUUCAACUAUAUUUUAGUCAUCAUCAGGACAGAUUAGUGUAAUGUUACAAAUACUGAUAUAUAUAUAUAUAUAUAUAUAGUUAAGAAGGAGGAGCUUAAUAGUGUCACUGAAAUAUGAUCAGUUCUUUUGAAGCUUUGGCGCCGUGGUUGAGUUCUGGUUUCCUUCUGCGAAUUGCAAGGGAUUCUUUAUAUAAUAGUAGAGACCAGUGAUAGAUCUAUCAAUUAUCUUACAGUUCUCAAAUAUAAGUUGUGUUGUGUUAGUGUUUAUAGUUUCAGUAGAAUCAGGCGUUAGUUCCAUUAGGGUUUUGAGGUGUUGGAAGUGUUCACAAGAGUUAAUGUGGGCAUUGAUUUCUGAACUUUCGCGAUUAUUGUGUUCUUUAAAGCGUGUGAAAAGGCAACAACCUGUUUUGCCAAUAUACGAGCUUUUGCAACCAGGACAGGAAAACUGGUAAACUACGGAGCUUCGAUAUUCACUUGGAGUUUUAUCUUUGCAUGAUAGAAAACAAUUGACUUGGGUGGUUUUCCAGAGCAGAAUAAACUUGCAUGGACCUUUCAGCAAGCGGCAGGUUUUGUUAAUAAACUUUUUUGUCAAAGUGACUAACACAACACAACUUAUAUUUGAGAACUGUAACUGAUAGAUCUGAUCACUGGUCUCUACUAUUAUAUAAAGAAUCCCUUGCAAUUCGCAGAAGGAAACCAGAACUCAACCACGUCGCCAAAGCUUCAAAAGAACUGAUCAUAUUUCAGUGACACUAUUAAGCUCCUCCUGCUUAACUAUAUAUAUAUAUCAGUAUUUGUAACAUUACACUAAUCUGUCCUGAUGAUGACUAAAAUAUAGUCGAAACGUAGAUUCAUUAAAGCUACAAAAUGUUAUUUGGAGUUACUGUCCUUUUGUAUUUUAUAAAAAUACUCAGUGGUUCCCGUAACUAACAAUUUUGUUGGUGAUUUUGUGUUUCUGACAGAUGCAAAUGAGUGAACUUGCACACAAAAGUAUAUAAUUUAAUAUAUAAUAAGCCUCCAUAAUUCAGAAGCUGAUUAUUGAAUGGAAUCAAACCAAAAUUUCCGAGAAUUUAUGAAAGUUGUUGAUCCACUGUAUAUUACUAUAUUUUAAACAAAUUUUACUAAAAGUUUAAGACUUUGACAACUAAGUAGUGAACUAACUGCCAAAUACAGUAUUAUAGUAAUAUACCCAAACCAAACUACAUGACACAUUAUGAUGAGAAAUGGUUACAUGGUGUGUCUCAAUUUUUAUAAGACCCUUUUUUUUCUGCCUAUCAGUAUAGGGGCUUUAGGACACUAACUUGUUAAGCGACUAAGCUAAAAAUGAGCUUAGUAUGAACUUAUAUUUAGGUAUACCUAUGGUAUUCAAAGAAAAAAUCAAUGUGUUGAUAAUGUUAAAAAAAGGUUAAUGUUAAAGGUAAGGAUUCAGUUUCGCACACUACAGACAUAUGGUCAGACAGAGCAAUGACAUCUUUUCUUGGUGUCACCAUACCACACAUACAAAUAUAUUAGAUCCCACGACCAGUGCUGAAGAAUUGCGGUCAUUCCUACGGAGUUGUAAGCGCUUUAGUGGUUCACACACUCGAACACGAAUUGCAGCAGCCUUUGAUGACAUUUUAGAAACAUAUGUCAUAAGCAACAAGGUGGAAUACAUUUUGACAGAUAAUGCUUCAAAUAUGAAGAGUACAUUCAAAGUUAAUUUUCCUACUGAGGAUGAUGAUGAUAAUGUAGAUGAUGAUGCUCUUUCUGUAAUACAAUCACAUGUUCUAGACGAUGAAUCGAUCUGGGAGACCCUGGAUGGUGCAGAAGACGAGAUCAGAGACGUUCUUGACAAUAACUGCAAGAAAAAACUGUCCUGCUUUUCCCAUUGUUUACAGUUUAAAUUGUACUUAAUUAUAAAUGAAAUUUAUUUUAGACAAGAAAAAGAAAAUGUUUGUCUAAUACAACACAAACCAAAAUUCUGCACAAAAAGGUAUAAACAUUCAAUAAAGUGUGUGCCCACUUCGAUAACACAAUUGGUGUGUAAUUUUAGUUCUCAAAUAUGUUAGAAUAUUUUUAUUUAAAUUGAUUUCUAACAAUUUUAAUAGGUUUUAACUUUAUCAGUGCACCAGUACCAGCAGCAAUUUUUGCUCAUCAAACUGCAAUGAACAAGUUACACCACCAGAAAAGGACACUGGAGGUGAUGAGACACUCAAUUGUUUAAACAAAAACUGGGAUAAUGUGUCAUAUAUAAAUUUCUAUACUGAUUAUAGUCCAAAGAUGUACAAAAAACCAAUGUCGAAAGAUUCACCUCAACACCAAUUUAUUGUUGAUAUGCUGGCAUACAAUGCGUCAAUAAAGGUGAUAAACGGACAAAGUGAAGCAGACGCAACAAAUCAGUUGCGAUGUUUGAAAGGUCUAAAGAUGACUUUGAAUGGUAUAUGUCAGUUAUGGCAGCACCUCAGUAAAGAUUCACUCCAAUUCCUCCUGACAAGACGUCUCAACCAAGAUGCCCUAGAAAACAUUUUUGGUGUGAUCAGGCGGUAAAGAGGAAAUUGCAACAAUCCCACUCCAUUUCAGUUCACAAGAGCCUUUCGCAAGCUGUUUGUUGACAACUACCUGACACCACUGGCAACUGUGCUGAUGAUCUUGAUGUGAUUUCAACUGUGCUGAUGAUGAUGCAUAUUUGAUUGGAUCACACCCUACCAAGCCAAAUUCACCAGAAAACAUGCCUAGCAGUGAUCAAACCAGUCCAGCACACAUGGAAACAGUUGAUGACACGGACUACAAAAUAAGUGAGAUAAUUUGGUAUGCAAAAAUGCAUUAACAUAUGUAUCAGUCUAUUUGUUUAAAAAUGCCUUAAUUGUAAUAUAUAUGCUACUGCAAUUUUGUAACAAAGAACAUUAAUGACAGCAGUCAGUUAUUCUGCUUUCUCAAAACCUUUGAAGGCAUCAAACAAUCAGUAGUAUUGACAAUUCCACAAGAUAUAUUUGUCAAUUAUAUAUCAUCAAUGGAAAACAUUUGUGAAAGAAUCGAACAGUUGCACAGAAAGGGCAAAAAUAGCAAAUUAUAUCAGUUUAUAUAAAAUAUAAAAUCAGUUUUCAGAUUUAGUAAAAUAAAUGUUUGCUGAUCCAGAGGCUUUACAUUUGCUUUGAUCAGCGUUUACAAAUUCCUCUGGGAAAAUGAUCAAUCAGUGUCUGAUGAAGCUGUAAACUCGCAGACAACAGCUAAACGACCGCAUUUGAAUGCCUACCCAGAGGCAGAUCAGCAGAAUGAAGUCGAAGAGUUUGGCAAUGAACUGGCUGCGCCUGCCUCACAUUGGCAGGCUAGCCCAGGACCGACUGAUUUUAUGGACUCUUUUCGCAAACCUUUACAACCAUUUGACAGAAAGACAAUAUGCCGAAAAUAUCCAAGACCAGAUAUGUUGAGGUGGCCUAUACUCCAGCCUUAG